GUGUAAUGAAGCAGCAGUAGCGCGUUUGUGUUUUCUCUCGGUGAAAAACUUGUUUUUCGUUUAUUAUUUUUUGCUGCUCCGCUUACGAACGUGCUUAAACCGUUUCCAUCCGAGUGUCCGCCUGUCUGGCGAAGUGAUACUGUGAUAAUAUAUGUCUAGUUUUGUGUGCGCUCGAUGCGCCCGAGAUGCGAAAGUGUUCCCCCGGCGAUUGUGACUAACUUCACUCUGUUCCCAUUAUCGUGUGGCACCGUGUUUAGCAACGGGAAAGAAAAAAAAAGGCCAGGAAAAUCUGACCCGCAAUCUGCUUUGCAUAAGUUUCACCAUCGUGUAAGUUGUGUCUCGUGAUAUCUGUACGGUUUUGAUCCGGAUGGCGUUUUUUGCGUGAUUUUGCCUGCCACCGUUUUCGACCAACAACCGUAGCCAAAUCGAAGUGUACAGAGUGAAAUUUUCCAAUGGCCAAGUUCAUAUCGCAGUAGAAAUCGAAAUUCAUGAUCGUAACCCGAGGGAAAAAGUGCGGUGCUCAAUAUAGUAUUCUUUGCUGUUCGUCCCCCCCCCCCCCCCCCGUCCCCCAUCGCUCAGCAACUCUUUGUCCGUUGUGUGAUAGUGUAAAGUUUUUAAAUUAUUCAUUUUCCUCUUUAAAUGAUUGUAAAUAAGUGAAGAAUGUCGAAAAGCAAAACAGCUCAUCCGAAAAUCGACAGCGAUCGUGUAGAAAUCAAAUCAAAGUUCGAUGCUGAAUUCCGGCGAUGGUCCGUAAAACGAUCCGAACAACAUUCCUUUGAAGAGUUCCAGUCGUUAAUCGAACGGCUACAUAAGCUCGACCGCUCCCAGCUUCUGGUUUCCUACAUCGAUCCGCGGGAUAACGAUUUGCUACCGAUCAACAAUGAUGACAACUUUGGAAGGGCUCUGACGACGGCGCGACCCCUGCUACGCGUAAUCAUACAGAAGAAAGGUGACAGUAUUGAGGAGCGAACGGGAUACGGUACGAUUCGACCCAGAAAUCUCAUCAGCAGCAUUCUUGGACAAACACCGGUGAAACCGAAAGGUUUGGCAAUAUCCAAUCCGCACGAUUUUCGACAGGUAUCCGCUAUCAUCGACGUUGAUAUUGUCCCCGAAACAUGCCGACGAGUACGUUUGCUGAAGCAUGGUAGUGAAAAACCUUUGGGAUUCUACAUUCGUGAUGGUACAUCUGUGCGGGUUACCGCUAAUGGACUAGAAAAGCUGCCCGGAAUCUUCAUUUCCCGACUCGUGCCUGGGGGAUUAGCCGAAAGUACCGGCCUGCUAGCGGUGAACGAUGAGGUGCUGGAGGUAAACGGUAUAGAGGUGCUAGGCAAAACGUUGGAUCAAGUGACGGACAUGAUGGUGGCCAACAGCUCUAAUCUUAUCAUCACGGUAAAACCUGCCAACCAGCGAACCCUUGCACCGCCCCGGCGCGGAUCAUUCUCGCGCAAUAGUCAACUUUCCGGUGGAUCGCACCAAUCGCACCAUACGACGGGUUCGGACGAAAACGAUCAGGACGAUCAGGAUGAGGUAGUGGACCUUAUCGAGGCGGUCACGCUUGAGGAGAGCAAUCUCAUCUCCCAAAAGGAUGGUGUGCUGCAUUUGUAGGCUCAGUUGUUUAUCUACGAUAACAUUUACAAACUGUUUGUUUUGGUGCGUCCUCUCCAAAUCUGGCAUUCCACGAGUAGAAUAUUACAAGUGGGCGGAACGUUUUUAAAAACACCCACACACACACACAAAGGGAAGGCGGAUUGUUUCUAUCUAUUCGUAAUAACUACAUUUGUCGAAGUUUGUGUGUACAGAUACGAGCUACACUGCGUUUUUAGCGAAUGGAAACUACAGAAAGUGCCUGGCAGUUGUCAUCCGAUGUUAAAGUCAAUUCCUUUUAUAGGAGUUUUAUGGAACGUAUACAAGUUUGGAAGAAGCGUUCGUUACUUAAUUAAAACCGUUACGUUAAUGCAACAACAACAAAAAACAAAUACGGAACAAAAGCAACAGCAUUCCAAUUUAUGAUCUUAAACAAGCAUGCAACUUUAUAUCUACAUGCAAGAAGCAAAAAAAAAACAUUUGAAAGGUUUCCAUUCUCGUUCACUAAACUGACUGGCGAAUGUGGAUCAUCGAUCCGUUGUGAUAGAAGCCGAAAAAAACAACAGCAAAGAGAAACAAAUUUUAACAGUAUAUUUGAAGUUAUAGCAUGCAAAACCGUGCCUUUCUAAAUUGUCGGUGGAAAAUCGGUCCAUGUGUACAAGACAGAGAUUGUCUAGCCUUGUAUUUCCCAAAUACUGUUGCUUAAGCGAAUCGGCAGAGGAAAUAACAAAUAAGCACGUGUACAGAGAGCUUACGACUCAAUCAAAAAGCAAUAUUGCUUUAAGUCAACUGAAGUACUUCAAUAUACAUUAAAACCCUAACAAACAGUACUUAUAUAAACGGAAACAGUAUAAUUGUUGUAAAUUGGGGAUAAAACAACCGGUAAGAAUGGCAGUGGCAGUUUCUCGUUCUUUGAUGAUUCGCGCAAAAGCAACAAAGCGUAAUAUUCAGGAUGGUAGUUUUUCUUGUUCUUAAUGUGAAUCUUGUGCUCCUUAACGAGCCGCAGCUAAAAGUGCUAGCGAAUCAGAUCAUCAGUUUCGUUAGCAAAACAAAACAACAUCAGAUAGCUGCUAUCCAAUACCAAAUAUUUAAGGAGUUCAUAGAGAUGUGGGCAAAAUGUACUUUACUGUCUGCUUGACGAUGCAUGGUUUAACAUUGGUGUAGUUAUGCAAACACCGCGCUAUAGCAGCCUUUAAGCGAGCAAGGGCGUUGGAAAAUAACGAUAACGCAAGACACACAGAAACAAUAGUGGAGUUGGAAAUAAGGAAAUAAGAAAAAAGUCACGUACACCGACAACGGAUAAACACAACACCCUUAUGAAAUGCGAAACAAACGGAAAUGUUCACAACCUUUGGCAGCUGAUAAAAAAAGACAACAUGCAAGGCGUGAUGCAAAGUUAGUAUAGCCGUUACUAUAUUUUUACCAAACCUCGUUGUGGGAACACGGGACACACUAUCUGGUUUGCCGGGCUUAGUGUUUCCGCGCCCAGCUAGGCUGUCCUAAGCAAUUUAUUUUGUUUUUGUCAACGCUCAUCCGUAUUUCCAGAGUAUUGCUCCGCCCUUAUAUGUGCGAACAUUAUUACACAGUAUUUUUUUUGUUAUUAUUCGCUUAGUUAUAGAAUAAAUGGAUAGAACGAUAGCAGCAGCAGCAGCAGCAGGUAGUGCAACACAAAACAAACACCACUAUUCCGUAUUAAUAACAAAAGGAUCACACCAUUUUUGCGACUUAUACUCACUAGGCGUAGUUUAGCAUACGCAUGUUCGAUCGGCACCCACUACACCGUGUCAUGGGGUUUUCCUCUCACGUGGUUGAGCAUGUGUACGUUAUCGAUGAAAAAAAAAACAAAUACCCAAUUGCCUUAAAACGUCCCGAGUCGUUUGAAAAGCAAAUAAGCAUAGGACCAUUAUACUUAAACAUUCUCGUUCUUUCAACACACACACAUUCCGUACACAAUCGUAGAUAAAACGUUAGGGUCUUAAAACUGUUUACAAAGAAAAAAACAAAUAUAUUAUAAACUUUUUAUGGAUGAAAA